CACACCGUUUAGAAAUGUAAAUAUAACCAUAUAAAAAAGUCGUAAUCUUAACAGAAUCUGUUCUGAUUGUUUGGCUGGUUCAAGAGAAAGGCUUAACAUACUGCACGACUAGUAACAGCAUUUACAUCUGGGUUUUACACUCAAAAAAGAAAAUGUGUGCGGUGCACUCUGCCCCACCGGGGAAAAGAAAGGAGAUAUAUAGAUAUGAAGCACCAUGGACUGUCUAUAGUAUGAACUGGAGCAUUCGUCCCGACAAGCGGUUCCGGCUUGCUUUGGGUAGUUUUGUCGAAGAAUACAAUAAUAAGGUUCAGAUUGUUUCUCUUGAUGAAGAAAGUGCUGAGUUUACAGCAAAAAGUACUUUCGAUCACCCCUACCCCACAACAAAAAUUAUGUGGAUUCCUGAUUCGAAGGGAGUGUUUCCAGACUUAAUGGCUACCAGUGGAGACUACUUGCGAGUGUGGAGAGUAGGUGACUCAGAAACACGAUUAGAGUGCCUUCUCAACAAUAACAAAAAUUCAGACUUUUGUGCUCCCCUCACAUCUUUUGACUGGAAUGAAGUGGAUCCUAAUCUUCUCGGGACAUCAUCCAUUGACACUACAUGCACAAUAUGGGGCUUGGAGACAGGUCAGGUUUUGGGUCGUGUGAACAUGGUGUCAGGUCAUGUCAAAACACAGCUUAUUGCACAUGACAAGGAAGUCUACGAUAUUGCUUUUAGCAGAGCUGGUGGUGGCAGAGAUAUGUUUGCCAGUGUUGGGGCUGAUGGAUCAGUUCGAAUGUUUGAUUUGCGGCACCUGGAACACUCAACUAUUAUUUAUGAAGAUCCUGGUCAUGUUCCAUUGUUACGUCUUGCUUGGAACAAACAGGAUCCAAACUACUUAGCUACCAUGGCAAUGGAUGCAUUGGAAGUCAUCAUUCUUGAUGUCCGUGUUCCUUGCACACCUGUGGCUCGUCUUAAUAACCAUCGUGCUUGUGUCAAUGGUAUUGGGUGGGCACCCCAUUCUAGUUGCCAUAUCUGCACAGCAGGAGAUGACCAUCAAGCCCUUAUCUGGGACAUCCAACAGAUGCCAAGAGCUAUCGAAGAUCCCAUACUAGCUUAUACAGCUGGGGGUGAAAUAAAUCAAAUACAGUGGUCAUCAACACAGCCUGACUGGAUUUCCAUUUGUUACAAUAACUGUAUGGAGAUUCUGCGAGUAUGAUUUCCUUCCCUGCCCACUCUGCAGACAUCUUAAAUACUGUCAUAGAUCACCUUCCAACGAUAGACAACUUUGAGCUAGUGGAACAAGGCAUGUGCUUUUUUGUGCUUCCAGUUGUCCAUAGGCAUCAGAGCUUAAGUUAAGUACAAGGAUAACCUCAGCUUGUGUCCAAUGUUUGAUACAACAUUAUGUUGCCAUGGAAUGAAGUUUUGUAUCAUCUUGUUCUUCAUGGAUACUCAAAAUAUCUUGCUUGAAUUGCAAGUGCUGUUUUUCCAUUUUAAGAGGAAGAAAACCCAAAAUACAAAUAGCUGAAUGUGACUGUGCUGUUAACAUUGUAGGAGCUAAAAAGGAGGCAUUGGGAUAUCUUGAUAUCUUCUCUUGGAUCUCAAACAUUUGAAAAUAAUAAUGAAAAAAAACAACUGAUUCUUCAUGAAGAGAAAUGGACCAAAGCAAUUCCAGCAUAACAUCAGACUGUCUUGGGAAACAGCAUUUUGGUGGAGAAUGAAUUUUAUCAGACAAGCUAUUACACUUCACAUACAAUAAUGUAUUCUGUUGAGGUUUUGAAAUCAGGGCGGUCAUAUUCUUUUCUCUCAAGAAACUCUCAAAAAAAGAACUGCCAUAUGUUCAGCAUUAGAAAAAAGCAAAGGAACAUGCUGUGAGUGACAUUGCAUAUGAACUAUGUGUCAUUGUUCCCUUAUUUAAGAUGAUCAGGAGAACAGCAGAGGUCAGGUCCUCUUUCAUAUUUUGAUAUUGCAUAUUGUUUCAUCCCUGUGGUCUUUUCAUUUUGUUCAUCGUAUUUUGACAGAAGCAGACCCUUUAUCUUUCCAGUUAAUCAUAAAGUGUCUUUUGAGUUACAGGAUUUAAUUCCUUUCUCCUUCCUUCAACUUUAUUCCACUGCACCAUUCCUUCAAGAAGAAAAAAAAGCUCCUUUGUGAACAGUAUGAGCAUGAAAGGCACUUAAGUCUUUAGGGUUUGGCUGGUUUGCUAAAUCAUGCAAAAAUUUAAAGCAAAGACAUUAACAUGCCUACAUACAAAAAGGCAGAAGUUGAAAUAUUUGUUUGAAGACCAAGAGAUGUGGGCAACAAAGAUGUGCUUGCAUGAAACUGCCUGGCCCAAUUUGCGAAGAAUGUAUUUAGGAUGUCAGAUGUACAGCCACUAGGGUACAACUUAGUUUUAUGCAUCAAGUCCUUUACACCUGAUUGUAAACCCUGUAUCUCUGCAUGCAAAAGAACAAGUCAUUUCUUAAUCACAAUGGAUCUUUUCUUUUUGUAAUUAACUUAAUGUUUAUAUAUAAAACUUAUUAACUAUAUAUUUAUAGAGGUUGUUGUAGGGACAAAAGUAUAUAAAAUUUUUUAAUCAUGCUUGUUCAAUUUUCAUAUUUGCUUCCAUCAGGCAAAGAUAUCUAGUUUGUCUCUUGAUGGAACAUGGAAAGUGUGCUUUAAGAAGCUUUGUAUCUGGACUGCUUGGUACAGAAAGUUUAUAAACAUGUUUGAAGUAGGUGUCUGAAUGCUUCAAAGAUGACCCAAACUAGUUGUUUUCUAACUGGUGUAAUCCUGAGAAAUAAUGAUAAAACUUUCACUGUAAAUCUUUUUGCUAUUUGAAGGGAAGCACUUUUAAUAUCACUUCUUUUUUGUAAAUGUGGUGGAGUUUAAUUUUUUUUAAAUAUGGCAUGAUGAAACAAAGUUGGAAUGGAAAUGUCACCUGUAUUUUGUAGUGCGAUCUAUUCAGAUAUUACACACUGGAUGCAUCCCUGUAGACUGCUUCUGAUACAUACCCAUUUAUAUUCUUGUAAAAAAAAUAACCUACCGGUUGAUACCUUCUAAUUCCCAGCAUCUUAAAGAAAAAAUGAGCAAAGACAAAUUUAGAUCUGCUGUAUCAUCUUUAACAUUUGCAGCCAGUGUAACUGUUUUGAAUAAUUUGGUUAGAAUUAUGUGAUCACCUGGUGCAAAAGAUUUAUCAACCAUAACAUUUCAGAUUCAUACCUUGCAGUGGUUAAUGCUGUAUUUAUAACAUUUCUGUAAAUGUGUUUCAUCUGCAUUUGUGGAUUCGUCUAUAUUAAUGUCCUGUUUCGUUAAGCUUAAAGAAAAAAACCCUAUAGAGUUGACUGCCUUAGAUUUACAGUAUGCUGUACAUCUGCUAUUUAUGUGAAGAUUUUUUUUUUGUUUAAAGAUGUGUAUCAUAGCCUUUCUGGGAUACUUUUUAUAUAAACAUUCAACAGAACAGGGAAGACUGAAAGUCAAUUUCAUCAUUAAAAAAAUCUGUAAAAUUUAUUCUUUGGAUUUGAAGAAAUGUCAUAGUUCGGCAGAUAACGUUUUUUUUACUUUUAGUUGUCUAUGGCAGUAUCACUUUAUUUUCAUUCUUCAUUGCACAUAUGUGUCACCCUUAUCUGUGGCAUUCUUUUGUUUAAUGUAAAGGGAUACUCAAAAAUG